AUGCCGAAGCAGAUCACCGACAUCCGUGACUUUUUGCAGAAGGCGCGCCGAAAAGAUGCGCGUUCGGUAAAGAUUAAAAAGAGCGACAAGGUCGUCAAGUUUAAAAUCCGCUGCUCCAAGUACCUGUACACGCUUUGUGUGACGGACACGGAGAAGGCUGACAAGCUCACGCAGUCCCUGCCUCCUGGACUUCAGCGCAAGGAUAUUUAG